CUCCUAAAGUACUAGUCCACUCUGCUUGUCAUUGCUCCAACAUGGAGGUUUACAAAGAAGCUCUUUUACUUUGUCUUUUUGUCUUUUCAGGUAUCCUAAAGGGCCACACCAAAAGCACAGGAUCCACAGAUGUUCUAGAUGCAUAUAUUAAAACUGAUGGGGCCUGGAUAUUGAAACUGCCCAAAAUGCAGUAUACUGUGAAAUCAGUGGAAGAAUGUGCCACCAUGUGUAACAAAGAAACUUCCUUUACAUGCAGGUCCUUUAUGUACAUUGAAAAGGAUCAGGAAUGUGUAACAAUUCCCGCCAACUCUAAGAAUGAACAAAUACUGCGAAGAAUGAGUGCUUCCCUGUAUGAGAAAAAAGAGUACUUACUGGAAUGUGUAAAUGGCAUUGGCACAGACUACAGAGGGACAAUAUCUAGGACAAAAUCGGGAAAAACAUGUCAGCGAUGGGAAGGAAUUUUUCCCCAUAAGCCAAACAUAACAACAAAGACACAUCCAAAAGCUGACCUGGAGUCCAACUUUUGUCGAAACCCAGAUGGAAACAAUGGGGGUCCCUGGUGCUACACCACAGAUCCAGAGAAAAGAUGGGAGCACUGCAGUAUCCAAAACUGCACAGAAGAGUGCAUUCAAUGCAGUGGAGAAAACUACAGAGGCAAGCUCUCUACCACUGAGAGUGGACUGACCUGCCAACGCUGGGACUCUCAGAAACCUCACAACCAUGGAUACAACCCUUCAGCUCUUCCUGAGAAGUACUUGGAGGAGAACUAUUGCAGGAACCCUGAUGGAGAGCCCAGGCCCUGGUGCUUCACCACAUCCUCAGAAAAACGCUGGGAAUACUGCCCCAUUCCUCGAUGCACAACUGAAGUACCCACAACUGUACCAGAGAUUACCUGUGUGACUGGAGAAGGUAGCUCCUACAGAGGCAUUAUUUCUGUGACGGUAUCAGGGAAAACUUGCCAGAACUGGGCAUCUGAGUCUCCUCACAAACAUUCCAGAACACCAAAGAACUACCCAUGCAAGGGUCUUGAAGGGAAUUACUGCAGGAAUCCUGAUGACGAAAGAAGUCCCUGGUGUUAUACCACAGACCCUGAGACCCGCUGGGAGUACUGCACUGUGCCCAGCUGUGGAGAUCAGCCUGGACCUGAGGAGCCGGUCAUCCCUGACGGGGAGGGGUGUUAUGAAGGUGAUGGAAGCUCUUACCGUGGAGCCAUGUCAGAGACCAUUAGUGGAAAGAAAUGCCAGUUCUGGACAUCCAUGGAACCUCAUAAACAUUCCAAAACACCUCAGGACUUCCCCAAAGCAGAUCUGAGGAGGAACCUGUGCAGGAACCCAGAUGGUGACCGAGCCCCUUGGUGCUACACCACUGACCCCUCUGUUCGGUGGGAGUAUUGCAACAUUGACCGAUGUGACGGCAAACCCAACACGUCCAAACCUCAGUCUACUACCAAACCUGCAGUAGUUGCACCUCCACCAACAGAGCAGUCCACUUCUUCAAGACGAGAUUGUAAGGUUGGCAAUGGAGCAGAUUACAGGGGUCCCACAUCUACGACCAUAAUGGGAGUGACCUGCCAAGCAUGGAGUUCUAUGACCCCCCACCAGCAUAUCACUUUUACCCCUGAGACACAUCCAGACAAGGGCCUGGAGUCUAAUCAAUGCAGAAAUCCAGAUAAGGAUGUGAACGGACCUUGGUGCUAUACAACAGAUCAAAAGAAGAAGUGGGAUUACUGUCAGAUCCCAGACUGUGAGAGUCCGAAAUGUGGGCAGCCAUUGACAAAACCUAAACGCUGCUUUGGCCGGAUUGUUGGGGGAUGUGUUUCCAAGCCACACUCCUGGCCAUGGCAGAUCAGUCUUAGGACCAGCUCUAGCAAAGUUCAUUUCUGUGGUGGAACACUAAUUGAUGCACAGUGGGUCCUGACAGCAGCUCAUUGCCUUGAGAGGUCUCAGAGGCCAUCUGUCUACAAGAUAAUCCUUGGAAUCCACACAGAACGUGCGAGUGAAACAUCCAAACAGGAACGAGACAUUUCUAAGAUUAUAAUGGGACCAGGCGGGGCUGACAUUGCUCUUCUCAAAUUGGAUAGGCCAGCAAUUAUAAACGAUAAGGUUUUGCCUGCUUGCCUACCAGAAAAGGACUAUAUUGUGCCAAGUAAAACUGAAUGCUAUGUCACAGGAUGGGGGGAGACACAGGGAACCGGUGGUGAAGGUGUUCUGAAAGAAACCGGCCUCCCGGUAAUUGAAAAUAAAAUCUGCAACCGUCCAUCAUAUUUGAAUGGCCGCGUGAAGGACCAUGAGAUGUGUGCAGGAAACAUUGAAGGUGGAUCUGAUACUUGUCAGGGUGACAGCGGUGGGCCUCUUGUUUGCUUCUCACAGAACACAUACUUUCUUCAGGGAGUGACAUCAUGGGGUCUUGGAUGUGCUAAUGUCAUGAAACCAGGAGUGUAUGUACGCGUCUCCAAGUUUGUCGUCUGGAUUGAACGAAGCAUAAAGGAAAACUGAGAAUGGUUCAAACUAAACACAAGCAUAUGCUUGCAUAUGUGCAAUAAAUUUACAACUGAUAAGCAUGACAUUUAAAAAAAAAAAAUCUGUCAUCAUUUACUAACCCUCAUGUUGUUACAAACUUGUAUCACAUACACGAUCAGCCACAACAAUAAAAUCACCUGCCUAAUAUUGUGUAGGU